CGAAAGUGUUUCAAUGCGCCAUUGCAGCAACAAGAACUUGAAGGAGUUAAAGAGGUCGUGAAGGAACAUGAAUCAGCCGGUGUUAAUGAUGUAGGAUUAACAGAACUAGGUUUUUUAUUUCUUCAUACUCUCUUUAUACAACGUGGACGGCUUGAGACUACAUGGACUGUUUUAAGGAAAUUUGGAUAUGGUGAUGAUUUGUCGUUAAGAGAAGAUUUCCUUCACCCUCUUUUUGAAGUUCCACGUGAUUGUUCAGUUGAAUUAAGUCCUUCAGGGUAUCAAUUCUUUACGGAAAUAUUUCAAGUUUUUGACAAAGACAAAGAUGGUGCAUUAAAGGAUAGUGAAUUGGUUCAGUUAUUCAGUACUUCACCGGGAGAUCCAUGGGUAAAUUCCGAUUUUCCUCAUACUACAAUUACUAAUGAUGCAGGAGCUGUUACUUUACAAGGAUGGUUAGCACAAUGGAGUAUGACGACACUUCUCGAUUAUAAGACAACGUUGUCGUACUUGGCCUAUCUUGGAUUUGAAGGCGAUACAAGAAUGGCCUUAAAGGUGACAAAGCCAAGGAAAGCUGAUAGGAAAAGAAACAAAGUGCAACGUAAUGUAUUUUUAGCGUAUGUAUUUGGUGCAGCCGGUUCUGGUAAGACUUCCCUAUUGAAAGCUUUUGUUAACAAGCCAUUUGCAAAUGGCUACACACCCACUAUGAGGUCAUUUUGUGCAGUGAAUUCCGUUGAAAUUAAAGGUGCUGAAAAAUAUUUAGUGUUGCAAGAAUUUGGUUCAAAAUACGAAGCAGAAAUACUUCAGAAUAAACGCAAGAUGGAAGCUUGUGAUUUGCUUUGUUUUGUGUUUGAUUCUAGUGACGUGAAUUCAUUCUCAUAUGUUGUAGAACUUCGGAAACGACAUAAUUUAGAUAAUUAUCCUACAGUAUUUGUUGCUACAAAGAGUGAUUCUGAUUUAGUUCAACAGCGUAAUGAAGAUCAACCUGAUGUGUAUUGUCGUGCCCUCGGCUUAUCUGGUCCUGUUAGUGUUUCCGUAAAGAAACAACAAACAGCAGAUUUGUGGAAUCAUUUAGUGGGAGUAGCAAUUAAUCCGGUUCUUGCUACACCAGGGCUUGCAGGUUCAGCACAUGAAUCUUCUAGGGUCAAAAAAUAUUUGACGUUUACGGCAAUUAUGGGAGCUUUAGGAGGGGCAGCUUUCUUAGGAUAUAGAUUAUAUCAACAACAACGAGGAUUUGGAAAUAUAUCGAAGCGAGAUAUACUAUAG